CCAUGUGGGCCAGGAUAGUCUCGAUCUCCUGACCUCAUGAUCUGCCCUCCCAAAGUGGUGGGAUUACAGGCGUGAGCCACUGCACACGGCCACCUGCUUGUUUUUGAGUAGCCCCCACGUCUCGUGAAUACUCUGGAGUGUUCUGUUCCAUGCUGGAUUGUGUUAUAUUCCUUGACAUCAUUUUGGAUGUGUUCUCACAGGCAGUUAAGUUACUUGCAAUCAUUUGGAUCCGUCUGCGGUUUGCUUUUCAGCUUUGUGAGGGUGGGUCCAGAGAAGCCUUUGGUUUCAGGAAAAUUUUCUCCCCUAGUACCCUUCGAUACCCUUCUGAGGACUCUCCAAUGACUGCCUCUGACAAGGUUUCUACACUUCGCUGGUGGGGACACGCAGUAUUCCCCGCUCUGCAGGCACUCCUGGAUUCCUCUGCCCACCUUCUUUGGUGGCUCUUGUUUCUGACGUGACUUCUGCGUCUCUGCAUCUCCGGCACUGGGCCAAGGACGCCAGGGGACCCCCCUGCGGAUGCCUCCGGGCAUCUGUACAGUUCUCUCCUCUCCAGUUUUCUGUCUCAUGAGUCCUUGCUGCCUGGGCCUCUCCACAUGCCAAGGUCCAUCUCUCCAGCCCACAAGCUCCUGGGACAGAGCUUCCCGUUGCUGCACUGAGUCCCGACAUGGUCACUGUCAUCUAACUCGGCUCCCCACCCUUCUCUCGGGGACAUUGCCCCGUGUGGCCUCUUUCCCAAUGUCUGUCAAUGGCCUGGGACCCAGCCCUGCAGCACCCCAGGUGAGGGGCCGGGAUCGGGGCAGGAUGCCCAGGACUCGCCCUGAUGGGCCCAGUGUUAGCCAAAGCCCUCGCAUCCCCAUGGUGCUGAUUGGUCCGCAUCCCAGGCCUGACCCAAUCCGAGCGUUCCUAGGAGGAGGGACCAGAGGCCCUGACGCGGGGGUGCCAGAGCCCUCUGCACACCCCAGCCCUGGCGUCCCGCGUGUCCCCGGGUUCCCCCAGCCCUGGCGUCCCGUGUGUCCCUGGGUUCCCCCAGCCCUAGGGUCCCCUGAGUCUCUUCUUCACUGUCAACCCUGGUGUCUCCCGUGUCCCUGCCCCAACCUUAUCCCUGGUGUCCCCCAUCACCCCAUCCCCUCACUUCCUGGGCUCCUGAGGGUCCCAUCUUGCGGGCCUCGUUCAUGGAACCAGGACGGGGCAGGUGGAAGCCUCUGGGGAGUCUGUCCAGAGAAUGGAUGAGGAGCAGGGUCGUGAGCAGGAGCGGUCUGGGCCACCCCUGCCUGUCCCCUGGGGAUGCUGCCUGGAAGGAGUUCAGGUGGAUAUGGCCUCGGUGUGCAGCGUCAGCCCCAAACCAGGCUGGUCCCAGGCAGGGUGGGGGCAGGGGGAGCCCUGGAGUGGCCCUGUGUUGGCAGCUGGGGGACAGGUAGGGGGUCCUGGGGCUCAGAAGGGGAGGAGGUGGGCUGGAGGCCUCAGUGACCAGCAGGCCCAGGGGAGUUGGGAGGUGGGGUGGACGGACCUGUAGGGACAGUGUCAGUGCUGGAUGGACGGAGAGCACAGGGAGCGGAGACCGGGGGUGAGACCAUGGGGAGCUGGGUCUGGGCUGGAGGUGAGUCCGUGAGGAGCUGGGCUGGGUCUCCUGGGGUGAGUCCGUGGGGAGCUGGGUCUGGGCUGGAGGUGAGUACACAAAGAGCUGGGGCUGGGGCUGGGGUGAGUUCGUGGGGAGCUGGGCUGGGGCUGGGGUGAGUCCGUGGGGAGCCAGGCUGGGUCUCCUGGGGGUGAGUCUGUGAGGAGCUGGGCUGGGUCUCCUGGGGUCGCACCCCACUCCCGUCUGCUCCUCCCUCUGCGGAUGAAGCGCAGAUCCCAUGAUAAUGAGGCACCUGCAGACCAGGGAACCUGCACGGACAGCCCCAGAGGUGGACAUUGAGGACUUGUAGGAGGACUUGGGUCUCAUACCGAGGGUGGAGAGCAGGGCCCCUUCCUGGCUGAAGACACUCCGUGCUGUCCCCUCUCAAGGCUGCUUCCUCAUCUGACAAGAUCUCUUGUGAGCCCCCCACCAAGUGAGUCGAGGAGGGCUGGCCCCACCCCUGUGGAUUCGGAGUCCGUAGGAGAGGUGACACCUGUCAUGUCCCCACCCCGUGGGCACCUUCCCAUGUUUUGGAGGGUGGCCCAUGGUCAUGAGUUCCCCAUCCCGUGUCCCUCUUGGGGAAACAGGUUUCGGGGCAACUGGUCUUGUAGCAUGGGGCAGCCAGGCCGCCUGGGUGCAGCUGUGCCUGAAGGCCUCCUGGCACCGGGACAGGGCAGCUGAUCCCACCAGCGGGAAGGUGGUGCGUUCCGGUGCUGGGAUCCACCAGCUGACAGGCGGAGCUUCGAGCCUCCAGUGCUCAGCCCUCGGCAGGGCCUGCCUGGCAGCCCCACACACAGAGGGCAUCAGGGUGGCGGGGGCACGUGUUACAUGGGGGACCUGGGUCUGAGUCACCCACUUCCUCCGUAUCUGGAUGGGAGGGCGCAGCGCCCCUCCUCCACGCCAUCCUGAUCUGGAAGGAUAAAUGGGGAGGGGAAAGCCUGCUGGGUAGAAGGAACAGCGAGCGGCCAGGGUAAGUCCCCACUCUCAGAGACCCUGACAUCAGCGCCACCUGGAGCAGAGUGGCCCAGCCUCACACUCAGAGCACCAAGACCCAGGCCCCCCGUCCCAGCUCCAUUCUUCACCCCAUAAUCUACAGUCCACAGCCCUGCCCCGUGAGCCCCGGCCAGGCCCACGAUGCCCCUCCUUGCUCCCCAGAUGCUGAGCCUGCUGCUGCUGGCGCUGCCCGUCCUGGUGAGCCCGGCCCACGCGGCCCCUGCCCCAGGCCAGGCCCUGCAGCGAGCGGGCAUCGUCGGGGGGAAGGAGGCCCCCAGGAGCAAGUGGCCCUGGCAGGUGAGCCUGAGACUCCACGGCCAGUACUGGAUGCACUUCUGUGGGGGCUCCCUCAUCCACCCCCAGUGGGUGCUGACCGCAGCACACUGCGUGGGACCGGACGUCAAGGAUCUGGCCGACCUCAGGGUGCAGCUGCGAGAGCAGCGCCUCUACUACCAGGACCAGCUGCUGCCGGUCAGCAGGAUCAUCAUGCACCCGCAGUUCUACACUGUCCAGACCGGGGCGGACAUUGCCCUGCUGGAGCUGGAGGAGCCCGUGAACGUCUCCAGCCAUGUCCACAUGGUCACCCUGCCCCCUGCCUCGGAGACUUUCCCCCCGGGGACACCGUGCUGGGUCACCGGCUGGGGUGACGUGGACAAUGAUGUGCCCCUCCCACCGCCAUUUCCCCUGAAGCAGGUGAGGGUCCCCAUAAUGGAAAACCACAUUUGUGAUGCGAAAUACCACUCUGGCCUCUACACGGGAGACGACGUUCGCAUCAUCCGCGACGACAUGCUGUGUGCCGGGAACAGCCGGAGGGACUCCUGCCAGGGCGACUCCGGAGGGCCCCUGGUCUGCAAGGUGAAUGGCACCUGGCUGCAGGCUGGUGUGGUCAGCUGGGACGAGGGCUGUGCCCAGCCCAACCGGCCCGGAAUCUACACCCGCGUCACCUACUACUUGGACUGGAUCCACCGCUACGUCCCCGAGAAGCCUUGAGCCAGGCCUGUGUCACCCGGGUCAGCGGAGGGCCAGCCCCUCCUGUCCAAAACACCACUGCUUCCGACCUAGGUGGCUACUGUCCCCCACACCUUCCCUGCCCCGUCCCAAGUGCCCCGUCCUGUCCUGAGCCCCCUGCUCUGUCCCGAGCCCCUUCCCCUGUCCUGAGCCCCCUCCCCUGUCCUGAACCUGACCCCUGCACGGGGCCCUCCGGCCCUGCCCUGCCCAGCUAGCUGGUGGUGGGUGCUAAUCCUUCUGAGCGCUGGACCUCAUUAAAGUGCAUGAAAAUCAA